AAUAUCUCUCCUCGAUGAAGAGAGAAAGUGAGGGGGAGAGGGGAGGUGGGGGGGUUGCCCAUUUUCUCUCUCUUAGGGUUUCUAUAUAGUCGCCAUUUUUGGGGUCGGAGAGGGGGCCCAAGAGAGUGGGAAACAGGGGAGGAGGGGGACAGGGCGAAGUGAGUGCUAUUAUUGUUCCUUCCCCUACCAGCAAAAGCCCCAACUGGCGCGAGCCACCGACCCCGCUUUCUCCUUCUAUUUCUAGUAGGGCUUUUUCCGAGUUCCGACCCACGAAUCGGAAAAGCGCUUCUGGGGUUUGGGGGCUUGCGGGAUUUUUUUUCCUUUUUUUUUUUUUUUUGGGCGACUUUUGGGCAUGGCGAUGACCGAGUUGGAAUCGGCCGAGUUCUGGCUCCCUUCCGAGUUCCUCGGCGACGACUACUACCUCGAGGAGGCGAAGGUGGGCAACGGAGUGGGGUUGGGGUUGGGGUUGGGGUUCGGGUCGAGCCUCGACUCGCCCGCGGAGUCGGCGGAGAGCGACGAGGAGGACUACAUGGCCGGGUUGACUCGCCGCAUGGCGCACUCCUUCCUCCUCGACGACGACAAGGAGCCCACCGCUACGCAGAACCCUAAGCCCCGGGUCAUGGCCGGUUCCCCCCAAUCCACUCUCUGCGCCAUGGGCUUGUGGUCGAGCUCGGGCCACGACAGCCCUAACGGCCCAUCCCAGGUUCCGUCUCCUCCGUCCUCUCCGCUAGAAACCCUAGCGGAGGACCCCUGGGAUCUGCUCAAUCUCGCCGCCGACGAGGUGAUGCGGAUGAGUCUCCACGAGCAAGGUAACCACCGGAGCUUCAACGGCGUCAACCUCUCGGUCCCAGCCCAGAAACCCUCGUCUCCUCCGAUUCGCGCGCCGCCGAAAAACCCUAAUCCUAGCCCCAACCCUUACCCUAACGGCGGCUACUACACCACCCCGCUGAUGACUCAACGCCAGGUUCAAGUUGCUCAAUUUCAUCACCUGCGGCAACAGCAGCUUCUGAAGCAGCAGCAGCAGCAGCAACAAAUCGCGGCGGCGGCGCCGCAGUGGGGGAAGCAGAGCAAGAGAAGCUGCGUCGGCGGCGGUGAGGGGCGGUACGCGCGGCCGCUGGGUUUGUCGCCCGCGGCGUGGCCGCCGCUGCAGAAAACGCAGUUGCCGCAGCCGCAGCCGCAGCGCGGUUCGGGGAUGCGCGCCAUAUUCCUCACCGGCGCGGGCGCCAAAAAGGAAUCCGCGGGAACGGGCGUGUUCCUGCCGCGUAGAGCCGGAGCCCCCACCGAGCCCCGCAAAAAACCAAGUUGUUCUACCGUGCUUUUACCGGCGAGAGUUGUGCAAGCUUUGAAUCUAAAUUUGGACGAGUUCGGGGCUCAACCGCGCUAUCCGGGGGGCUUUGUUCUGGAUCAUGAUGCUCUUGUUGGCCGGAGCAACGCCGGGCUCUCCCACCACAAACGCAGCAGCAACCAGCUGCGUCCCCAGCCGCACCCGCCCUCUGCGGUCGCAACCGCCGCCGCGGCGCCCGCACUGCCUCAUGAGCUCCGCCUCCCCCAGGAGUGGACUUACUAACCUCUUACUAAGCAGUAGCAAGUACGUAGUGGUAAUAAUUUGUAGUGGCAAUAGCAGGUUAGAAAAUGAAGGAUUAUAAGUACUAGUAGUAAGUAUUGGUUUGUUGAUUUUUGAUGCCGUCGGGUUAGUUCAUAUUGGUUUAUUUUGGGCGAGGGUUUGAAAUUUGAGGGGCCUAAUUGGAAGGUUGUCAGCAACUUGCAGGGUCAUGCGGAGAGGGGUUGGAUUAGGGUUGGAAUGAAUAAAAUAUGAAUGUUUUGGAGACUCAAGACUCAAGAGAGAGCAAGAGAGAGAGAGACAGAGUUAGUGCAAGGGUGUUUUUGCAAAAAUAAGAGGCUCCCUAUCUUUUUUUUAGAACUAUUACCUUGGAUGCUCACCUAAGACCCCACCUAUUUCUCUUUCCUUUUGCAGCCUUUCUACUUGCGAAAGAAUCACAAGCAGAUGGGCUUCAGAAAUUAAAAAAAAAAAGAAAAAGCAUUACUUGUUGUGUUUGUUGCCUUUUUAUUUUUGUUUUCUUCGUUAUGAUGGAAUAUGCAAAUUAUAAAAGGACUGCUCCCUUAUAUUUGUACUACUUCUAACCAAUGUCUCUGUAAUAUUGAAAAUUAAAAGGGUUUUAAUAGUAAUAUAGUGAGGUAUUAAUAUUAUUGUUGUGUA